AUGGACUUUCGUUCAAUUCUCUUCGCAAUCGCUCUACUCAUUUUCGCAGCGAAAACAUAUGCUUUAAACUCAACAGCAGCGGCAGUAACAAACUCCACGAAAAUAACUGCGACAGGCACAAAAACAACAAUAAAAUCUUCGCUUUCUAAUUGUACGAAACAGUCUCAAUGCGCAAAAACACAUUUUUGCAAUACAAAACUUCGAGUCUGUUCAUUGAAGUUAUCAUUGAACAGUACAUGCAGUCAAGAUAAAGAAUGCUCAAGCAACAAAUGUCAUGAUAAACUAUGCCGACAAUCGUGUAGUCAAGACAAGGAGUGCUCAAUCGACCGAGAAUAUUGUACAAUAUCACGUUAUUGUGCCAAGAAACAUUGUGGAGCAUGUAUGCGCAAUGCUCAAUGUGCAAACAAUAAGUGCCACUUUUUUCGUUGCUCGACAGAUAGUUGUAUAGCGAAGUUGAGCGCGCUUAAGAAAUCACGUUGA